AAAAAAAAAAAAAGACAAGCAUGGAUAAAUUCCCUGCGGUUUUCGGUUUUGGUAUGCUGAUAGCAGUUUUUGGAGUUGCAGGAAACUUGGUGUCUGACAGCAGUUGCAUGCUCCAUGAGCUUGAAAGUUUUCACAUACAAGAAGACAGCGAGCUGGAUGUUUUUGACAUUCCGACAUGGAAAAGUGAACGAGGUUGCAAGAUUCUUGUUAACGUGGAUAGCUUUGGUGCAGUUGGAGAUGGAGUUUCUGAUGAUACUCAGGCUUUCCAGAAAGCCUGGGGUAUCGCUUGCAAUACAACAAAUGCAGUUUUCUUGGUACCCCAAGGACACCAGUAUCUAGUGAAUGCUACAAAAUUUCAAGGGCCAUGCGCGGAUAACCUAAUCAUCCAGAUUGAAGGAACUAUAGUAGCUCCAGAUGAGCCUAAUAACUGGGAUCCGAGAUUUCCACGAACAUGGCUUGAUUUCACUAAAUUGACUGGAGUUCUUUUCCAAGGGAAUGGCGUUAUUGACGGCUCAGGCAGUAAAUGGUGGGCCGCAUCCUGCAAAAAGAACAAGACAAAUCCUUGCAGAGGGGCACCAACAGCAUUUACUAUUGAUAAAAGCUCAGCUAUAAAGGUAAAAGGCAUCACCAUCAAGAACGCCCAACAGAUGAAUUUUGUCAUCUCUCAUUGUGACGCGGUGCGAGUUGAUGCAGUGCUAGUCUCGGCUCCAGGAGAUAGUCCCAACACUGAUGGAAUCCAUAUCACAGCAUCUACUAAUGUGGUUCUCCAAGACUGCAAAAUUGGAACAGGGGAUGAUUGCGUCUCAAUUGUCAGUGGUACCUCCGGAAUUAAGAUGAAGAGAAUCUUUUGCGGACCAGGACAUGGAAUCAGCAUCGGAAGUCUUGGGAAGGGCAACUCCACUGACAUGGUCACAAAAGUGGUCUUGGAUACGGCAUACCUCAGGGAGACGACCAAUGGCCUCAGGAUUAAGACUUGGCAGGGUGGUUCUGGUUAUGUACGUGGUAUCCGUUUUCAGAAUGUGAGGAUGGAAAAUGUAUCAAACCCGAUAAUCAUAGAUCAGUUUUACUGCGAUUCCCCCAAACCUUGUCAAAAUCUGACAUCAGCGGUGGAAAUAACCCAAGUCAUGUACAUGAACAUUUCUGGAACCACAAAGAGUGCGAAGGCCAUGAAAUUUGCGUGCAGUGACACAGUUCCAUGCAGCAACAUAGUCCUGACUGACGUCAACUUAGAGAGGGAGGACGGCCAAGUGGAAACAUACUGCAACUCUGCGCAAGGCUUCGGGUAUGGCAUUGUGCAUCCCUCAGCAGAUUGUCUGAAUUCCCAUGACAAAGACUCUACAAUCACCGAUCAGACCUCUGAAGCUGAGCUCGCAGAUCUCACUAGGGCGGAUAUUGUGCACACGGAGCUCUGAUUUGGCUCCCUAUAUGCACAUAACUAAAUAACUGUUUGACAGUAUACGGAACAGGGUUAAUGAGCUUGUAGAGUGCUCUCUAGCAAUGUAAAGGAAUCUUGGAGGGAGGUUUAAGGGGCAGUUGCGGAGAAUAUUACUAUGUAGACGAAUUAUAGUUAUGAAACUGAUCACUGCAGAUGAUUAUUAUAAAGAAUGAUUUCCUACUACGCCCGUCAAGUUUUUGAAAUGAAAUUCUCGAUGCAGGAUGGAUU